UUUGCGGAGCAAAAGAGUGACUAUUUGCGGGUGGAGAUUGCAAGAAAUUUAAAUCCCCCGGGUUGAGCUCGACACGUUUAAGAAGAUAUUCCAGUCAUUUUUGUUUGUUUCUUUCUUUUGUUCCUAUUCACAGUUUCAUGUAGUAAAUGUCCAAUCGAUAGAAAAUCGGUGCUGAAGUUUUCGAGGGUUUUUUCACUCUCUGUGAAAGGCCAUGGCGGUGGAAGCGCGGCCGGAGCUGGUUGGGAAGCGGUUCCUGUGUGUCAGCGGCGAGGAGCCGCUUGAGCUCGGGGAGAUUGGACGCUGGGGAUGGCGAGCCGGGGUCAUCCGUGCAGUAUCUCACCGCGACAGUGACAAUGCAGAGUUGACGGUGUAUGUAGAGUUUGAUGACCUGGAGUGGGAGAAGCGCGAGUGGGUGAAGGUGUACGAGGACUUCCGGAUCUUUCUGGUGGAGCACCAGCUGGUGUGGGCGAAGUGGCGCGAGGGAGGCCAAGCCAAGCCUGUCCAGUGGCCCGCUCUGACGUUCAAGCAUCUGGUGGGGAAGGUGGUCCUGGGCUCCAUCACAGCUGUGGAGUUCUUCUCCGACCGCCGUCUCGACUUCCUGAGCGACGACGGAGCUUACCAGCCCUAUCAGGAUGAAGCAGACAGCUUGAGUCCUGUUCUCAGGGACAACCAGCAGCUUCAUGAAGAAGUGAAAGCCUGGGUCAAAGACCAAAAGGUUCAGGAAAUUUUUAUGCAAGGUCCCUACUCGUUAAAUGGCUACAGAGUGCGCGUUUAUAGGCAGGACUCGGCUACUCAGUGGUUUACAGGCAUCAUCACCCACCACGACCUCUUCAGUCGCACUAUGGUGGUGAUGAACGAUCAGGUACUAGAACCUCAGAAUGUGGACCCCUCUAUGGUACAGAUGACCUUUCUCGAUGACGUCGUCCACUCUUUGCUGAAAGGAGAGAACAUCGGCAUCACAUGCAGGCGCAGGUCUCGCUCUAGCCAGAACAGCAGUACAGCCCACCAGACGUCAGGAGGGAGACCCACCACCACCGCAGGAGGCACUCAGGGUCACUAUACAAGAGCCCAGGCUAACAGCCCUAGACCAGUAAUGAACUCGUCUAGCUCCACCCCCAAGCAGGCUGGCCAAUCCCAGCAGCAGCAGCUAUCCCAGCAGGCCCAGCAGCAGCAGCCAACUCAUCAGCACCAGCAGCAGCAGCAGCAGCAGCAGCAACAGCAGCAACAACAACAACAACCGCAGUCGUCGCCGGGGCAACAGCGAGGCUCGCGCUCUUCGCGGCGCAAGGGCUCCGACAGCAGCGUCCCCGAUGACGACAGCAGCAAGGUCAAAGAGGAGAAGCCCGACGUCACUACACGAGGAGACUUCACGUCCAAGAGCAAGAGCAAGCAGACGGCCAGCCGGAGGCGUAAGGUUGAGGAGGACGGGAAGAAGAGCAGCGCGCUGAAGCGUCUGAAGACCGAAACCUCGGACCAGUCGGAGAGCAGCGACUCGGAGAACUCGCAGAGGAGAGGCCGAGCCUCGGCCGACUCCUCCUCCUCUUCCUCCUCCUCGUCCUCUUCGUCCUCGGAGCCCAGCUCGGAGAACGAGCUGAGGGGGAAGGGCGUUAAAGAGGAGCUGCUGUCUCCGGCCGAACAGCGGUCCUCCAGGACUCAGGAGGAGGAUCAGCAGGCUCUGAUCGGUCGCCUGUCGCCGUGGGACAGUCUCCGACCGGAGGAGAAGAGCAGCAAAGCGGCGGCGGUCGCCGUGGAGACCCUGCAGCUGGCCGAGGGCGAGCGGGAGCGGGAGCGGCGUGACGAGAGGAGGUCGCCGCGGUCGCCACGGCAGCCGCAUCCCAGUGCCCCCACCCCCGUCACCACGGAAACACAAGGCGGUGGCGGCGGUGGUAGUGGCGGCAGCAGUGGCGGUUGCAUCGUGGACAUGAGGAGUGCGGUGAGGAGCCCGGCCAAGGAGCACUACAGCCUGACUGUUCCGACCCCUCAGCGCACGCAGACGGCCAAGCAGCCGUCACUGUGCGUCAUCGACAUCACGGAGGACGCCAGCACGCACCCCAGCUCGCGGGAGAGCUCAGAGGCCGUGUCUGCUUUGCUUGCGUCCCAGAAGGCCGAGCGGUACACACCCGAGCCCAGACACUUGGUGCUAACCCCCACGCCUCAGGACCUCAGGAAAGGGGAGAACGAGCAACAGCAGCAUCAACAGCAGCAUCAACAGCAUCAGCAGCAACAGCAGCAUCAACAGCAUCAACAGCAACAGCAGCAGCAUCAGCAACACCACCACCACCACCACCAUCACCCCCACCACCAUUUGCACCACAUGCACCAGCCACAAGUGGUACGUGGCCAGGGUGCAAAGCUGGAGUUCAGCCACCUAGAGGUCAUCCAGCCCUUGACCGCUAAGAGCGAGUCGGCAGCAGCGCUUGCCGAGCGGGAGAAGAUUCCGGCACAGCAGUACGCCGCCAUCGUGCCGUCGUGCAUCAAGAGCGCCGCCAUCGCCGAGGAGACGCGUCGGCCGCAGAGGCCGAGCCCCUCGCCGGACGCCACCAAGCCGCCUCCGCCACAGCCGCAGCCCCAGGGCCGCCUGCACGGCAAUCCCAACAACCCCUCGCCAGAGCUCCACAAGCCCCUCCAUCACCACGCGCCGCACCACGCUAGCCUCUCCCUGGACGCGCUGCCGGCCAAGUCCAAGUCCCACGCCGUCGCAAUGCUGGAGUCGUCCAAGCCGCGGCCCAACACGUCUCCGGAGGUGUCCAAACACAAAGCGCAGAGACACCCGGACGCCCCGACCCACAACAGCUUCCCGCCCUCGCCCUCCUCCUCAGCUGCCCGCGGCGUCUGCAAGAGGGAGCCCUCGCCCUCCCCGGCGCCUCUGCGCUCCAGCUUCAAGCCGGUGCAGGGCCGCUGCGAGCUCACCAAGAGCCCGCUGAUCAUCGACAAAAACGAGCACUUCACGGUCUACCGUGACCCGGCGUUGGUCCGGCCCGAAUCGGAGCCCUCGGCCGCCGCUGCCGCCGCCAACCACGUAGCGUACCUGCACUCGCACCUGCACCAGCUCCACGGCUCGUCCCACGCCACCUGCCUCACGCCCGGCUCGCAUCACGCCUCCCACCUGCUCCCGCCGUCCUCCAUGAACCCGCACGCCCCUCCCCCUCCCCACGCUCCGCCCCCGCACCACUCCAUGCACCACCAGCACCUGCUGGCCGGCGUGCUGCCCUCCUCGAUGUUGGGGGGCCACUCGCGGGUGGACUCGGGGGGGCUCGGACAGCACCUGGCGUUGGCGGCGGCCGCGCAUCACCACCCUCACCAGCAGCAGCAGUUCCUGCCGCCGCAGCACCAGGGCCCCGGCGGUGCUCCCUACAACCUCUACCCCAUCAUCUGGCCGUACCCCAACGGCGGCCCCCAUUCCUACCCGCCAGGCCUCGGACUGCCCGUCAGCUCGGACAGCAGUCUGCGGAGGAACACGCCGAGCCCCUGGCUCCACCAGCACACCCCGGUGUCGUCGGCUGACGGCCUCAGUCUCCUGAGCCACGUCCCGGGCAGACCGGCCAGCGCCGACCCCCACCGCCCCAUCAAGAUCGGCUCCCACGCCAGCCCGCCACUCUGCAAAAGUGCAGGAGAGCACCACAAAGAGGAACUGGAGAAGAAGGCCUUUGCUGACCACAUGGGUAGCCUAGCAGCGGCCCACCUGAAACAGGAGCCAGAUCGCAGCCGCACGCCAACGGGAAAGGAGCUCCACCGUGGCUACCUGGACCCUCCGUCUAAAACGUCCCGUCUGGUUCCGCCGCCGGACGCUUCGGAACGUGCCAGCAAGUACAAGGAGGAGAACCGGCGCAUCCUGCAGGAGAGCCGCGAGGUGGCGCCCUUCACUGCCAAGCUCCGGCCCUCCGAGUCGGCCUUGCAUUACCCCGCAUGCCCCAACCCUCCCAGCUCCGCGGCACCCCCCUACAGCCCCCGUCCCCCGUCAGCCCCCAUCGAGCGCGACUCGUCGGAGCAUCGCCCGCCCUCUGCUUCGGAGCUCUACAAGUUCAAGCCGCAGAGUAACUACUUCACCACUUUGUCCAACAGCGUGGUGAACGAGCCGCCUCGCCUCUAUCCCUCCAAAGAGCCGAACUCCCCUUGUCACUCGUUCUUUGACAAGGUCGUGGGACCCCCCACGUCCUCCCAGAGCCCCCUGUCCCUCGGGUACAGCAGCAGCGGCUCCCUCUCAAAGCCCCCGCCUCUUAUCAAGCACCAACCAGAAGGUGAGGGUCUGGUGGGCAAGAUCACGGAGCAGCUGUCUCAGCAGGCCGCCAUGCACCCCAUGAGCAGCCCUCAAGGCAGGGAGCCUCGUCGGAGCCCCGCGCUUUCGCCCCCUGGAGCCCCUCAGCUCCGCAUGCCGGCGUUGCACCGCGCGCCGAUUUUCAACCCCCCGACCCAGCAGACUCUCGACCGCAAGGAGGUGGCGAACUACGGGCGCCUCUCCCCACCCACGCUCACCCCCAUUCAGCCGGUCAGCGUGGCCGGCAAACUUCCCGAACAGCAGAAGCCGCCCACGCUGCUGCCCGAGCUGAGGGAGGUGAAGAGCGGGAUGGAGCUGGCCGGGGCGGAGCCCUGGCGCGUCGGAGACGUCACUGGACACGAGAGAGGCGCGUGGCCCAGCGAGAGGAGCCGGACCAAGCCUCAGGGCGCCACUGCGUCUGUUAUCGUGCGGCCAUCCACCUGCAUCAAGUACGAUGGGGGCUCGUCUGGGAUUAAGGCCUUGGCCAGGGAGAACGAAAUGGGGAAGCCGUUCGUGGGCAAGUCUCAGGCAGACGGGGUGAAGUCGGCUGAGACUAGGGACACUGGAAGAGUCAUUCUUCCCAACACCAACCUGGAGGAUGCCUGCGCACAGUACAAGAAGAGCAUGAUGCGGACGACACAGUCUGCCGUUCCCAGCCCCGUGGUGGCGUUAGUCAACUCUGUGUGCAAUAGCCGAACUGAAGUGACCACUUCCACCUUUAGCGUCUUGAGCCGCGGUGGCUCAGACCUCUGUUUCCCCGCUAGCACGAAUGCUAACAUUAACGCUAAUGCUAACGCUAACACCAGCAGCAGGACUGAUAGCUCCACGCCCAAACUGUGGCCUCUUGCUGGGAGUGAGGUUCAGGAGGGUGGGGGCUCCAGGACCACUUCCCCCAACACGCUCCCCUCCUCCGGCACAGCGUCCCCAGCGCAGCAGGCGUACCCCGGGAACUUCAUCCACCUGAAGAAGCACAAGGCAGCGCUAGCCGCGGCGCAGUCGAGGGGUUUGGGGACCCCCGAAAAUGAGCGACCCCCGCUCGGCCCCUCGCCUGGCGCCCCGACACAGGAUGCCAGUGCGGCUGCAGCAGCAGCACAGCCACCCGUAAACAACGUGGCGGGCAAAGGUGCUCCCAUGCCCAACGGGCAAUCGACGCCACCCCCCAUUCAGCCGAACUACCACAAGCUGAAGAAGGCGUGGCUGACGCGGCAUUCGGAGGAGGACCGAAACACCAACCCGCCCGAGAAGCCUGGCAGCUCCUCGUCGGCGGCGUCCACCCCGACCUCCGAGAUCAUCAAGCCCUGCACUGUGAACUUGAUCGCGUCCACUUCCUCUGGGGAGAACGACUCUGGUAAGGAGGGCAAAGCCAGCUCCGAGGACGGCAACAGCCAAAAGUCCAGUCCUGAGGAUCGGCCGGUGAGGCUCGGGAGGCGGCGGCGACUUCCGGGCGCCAGCGAGGGAACCAAAAUGGAGCAGCGCGCCAAGCGGCAGCCCAAGCCCACCUACAAGAAGAAACAGAACGAUAUGCAGCGUCGCAAGGAGGACGACGACAACAAGCCCAACGGAAUAUUCCGGAGCGCCCGGGAGAAGACCAAACUCAAGUUGGCCAGCAGCAACGGCAUUCCCCGCUCCGUGCUGAAGGACUGGCGUAAGGUGAAGAAGCUGAAGCAGACGGGCGAGUCGUUCCUGCAGGACGACUCGUGCUCGGAGAUCGGGCCCAACCUGCAGAAGUGCCGCGAGUGCCGCGUGGUGCGCAGCAAGAAGGGGGAGGAGCCGGCACACUCGCCUGUCUUCUGCCGCUUCUACUACUUCCGCCGGCUCUCGUACAGCAAGAACGGUGUGAUCCGCAUCGAUGGGUUCUCGUCCCCGGACCAGUACGACGAGGAAGCGUUGAGCCUGUGGGCUCCCGACAUGUACGAGGAGAACGAGCUGGACCUGGACACCUCCAAGUACAUCCUCAGCUACAUCGGGGACAAGUUCUGCCAGCUCGUUCUGACGGAGAACACGGCUGCCGGCUGGAUCAAAAAAGAUGCUAAGAUCGCGUGGAAGCGGGCGGUGCGUGGUGUGAGGGAGAUGUGUGACGCCUGCGAGGCCACGCUCUUCAACAUCCACUGGGUCUGCCAGAAGUGCGGCUUCGUCGUCUGCCUGGACUGCUACAAGGCUAAGGAGAGGAAGAGCUCCAAAGACAAAGAGCUCUAUGCCUGGCUGAAGUGUGUUAAGGGGCAACCUCACGACCACAAGCACCUGAUGCCAACACAGAUCAUCCCUGGAACGGUUCUGACAGAGCUGGUGAAUGCCAUGCACACCCUGAGGGAGAAGUAUGGUAUCCGUGCUCACUGUGUCUGCGCCGCUAGCAAGCAGACAGCCCUGUUGGGCAAGCUGCCCUCCACCAACGGAGUCUCCCAGGUGCUGCAGAACGUGCUCAACCACAGCAACAAGAUCUCGCUGUGUAAGCCCGAGGGCCCGCCCACAAACGCCACGCCCAAGCCGGAGACCAAUGGUGGCGGAGCAGGAAGCCCGGCCAGCGACACGGGCAGCGACCCCAAACUCACCCCACCAGAGUCCCAGUCCCCACUGCACUUCCUGGCCGACCUGGCCGAGCAGAAGUCCCGCGAGGAGAAGAAAGAGAAUAAGGAGUCUCUGAAGAGUGUGAAGGAGGAGGUGGGGGAGGCUGUGGAGGCGCUGCACUGCAAGGCCACGUCUCUGGCGUCGGCGGCCAGCGAGCAGGGCUCCACGCUGCGGGACCUGCUGACCACCACCGCCGGCAAGCUGCGUCUGGGCUCCACCGACGCCGGCAUCGCCUUCGCGCCCGUCUACUCCACUGCCGCGCAGGUACGCCACUCUCAGAGGUCGCUGUGAACCAUCCUGGGCGGCAUCGCCAUACCGGUGGUGAAACAAAGAUCAGCGAGCCCAGCGGGGAUAGCUGGGGCUGAAACAGGAGCCCGUCGCCGAGGAGACCCGGGCUGGCGUAAGCCCAGCGAUCAGAUGACCAGGCCCCAGCGGCCAAGCUGCGCAGCGGACAUCGCGCACUGCUGGCUCUACGGGCAGAAGAUGCUCUGGCUCAAGGACCACCGCAACUCCAGCAACUGGAAGCUGUUCCGCGAGUGCUGGAAGCAGGGCCAGCCUGUGCUGGUGUCAGGAGUUCAUAAGAAGCUGAACGCCAGCCUGUGGAAGGCCGAAUCCUUCAACCAGGAGUUUGCUGACCACCAGGGGGACCUGCUCAACUGUAAAGACAGCGUGGUCAUCUCUAACUCGGGCAUCAAAGAGUUCUGGGACGGCUUUGAGGACCUAACAAGUGAAACGCCCAAGUGUAAGGACGGAGAGCCAAUGGUGUACCGGCUGAAGGACUGGCCGUCAGGAGAGGAGUUCAUGGCCCUCAUGCCAUCCAGGUAUGAUGACCUGAUGAAGAACCUGCCCCUCCCGGAGUACUCAGACCCUGAAGGGAACCUCAACCUGGCGUCCCAUCUGCCUUCCUUUUUCGUGCGGCCAGACCUGGGGCCCCGACUGUGCUGUGCAUACGGAGUGGCCGCUUCCCAGGAGCAGGACUUCGGCACGGCCAACCUGCACAUGGAGGUGUCCGACAUCGUCAGCGUGCUGGUCUACGUGGGUGUCGCCAAGGGCAACGGCGUCCUCUCCAAAACAGGAGUUCUGAAGCGGCUGGAGGAGGAGGAUCUGGACGAGCAGGUGAAGCGGCGUCUGAAGGACUCGAGCGAGACGCCCGGGGCGCUGUGGCACAUCUACGCCAGCAAAGAUGUGGACAAGAUCAAAGAGUUCCUGCACAAGGUGGCUAAGGAGCAGGGUGCGGAGCUGGCUGUGGAGCAUGACCCGCUGCGUGAGCAAGGCUGGUAUCUGACGCGGAAGCUGCGGCAGCGGCUGCUGGAGGAACACGGGGUGCAGGGCUGGACCGUCGUGCAGUUCCUGGGGGACUGCGUCCUCAUCCCCGCCGGGGCCCUGCACCAGGUGCAGAACUUGCACAGCUGUGUCCAGGUCAUCAACGACUUUGUGUCUCCGGAGCACGUGGUGCACUCGUUCCGACUCACACAGGAACUGCGCGCCGCAAAAGAGGAAAUCAACUACGAAGAUAAGCUACAGGUCAAGAACAUCCUCUACCACUGUGUGAAGAACGCUGUGGGUACACUGAAAAGGUGCUGCGCCGAGGAGCAGGGGGAAGAGGAGGAGAACUCAUGACCCUUGCCCCCCACCUGCCCCCUAACGGCGCCCUGCAACACUUAAUUGCCCUCCCUUUCUCCCCCCCACCUGCUGACUGCCCCCUAAAAAAU